AUGGCGUCGUUUGAAGCUCUAGCAUUGCUCUGCACGAUCAACCUCGACACAGACGUGUUCCGUGAUGCCGUGCACAGAAAGGAGAAAAUCAAUCAGGCCACAUCGACGAUUCUCAGCGUAGUUCCGGCGAUUUCGAUUGUGUCGUUCGUGGCUUGCAUCAUUCUUUGUGCUCUGAUUAUUUUCGCCCUCGUCCGACGACGGCUUCCAUCUAGGAAAUACAGCGUCGUGUUGAGUCGCACAGUGGCUGAUGUCUUCUCGUGUUCGCUGUUGUGUGCUGCUUCGUUCAUGGCCAAUGAAUAUUCGGCAUCCUACACAAUCCUCGCGCUCUUCCUAUGCGUCGCUACUUUCGGGUUCAUCAACCUCAGCCUUUCACAUCUCUUCGUUAUUGCUUUACGACAGGUGAGCGUGGCUCGUCCUUACGGCUUUGCUUCGCUCUGCACGAUUCGCCGGGUGAGCACUGGUGUGGCUUUGAUUUGGCUGAUUUCCAUUCUCUAUGCCGCCGCGUUUGCUCCGCUUACAACUGUUAUCAUCGAUCCAGCUAAAAGCAAAGACAUCUGCACAUAUGGGAAUUGUGAAAAACCAUUGCUGAUCGUGGCGAUUGGCGUCAUCGCUGUUUCUGCCAUAAUUGUGCUUACCUGCUACGUCAUGGUUCUUUUCAAUAUGAAGGCGAUUGCUUACCGUGAGAAGAUGCACAAUGAGCCUGAAGUGACCAAGAAGAAGAUGUACCGUUUCUUCUACUUCGGUGGGCAUCUUGGGCUGUACGUCAUCGUGUCCACAUUGGUGCUCACUGGAGCCGCGAUUAUACUUCACAACGUCUAUUUAUACAACAAAAUCAGAAACUCGAUGAGGAAAGACUGUGAUAUCGUCGGAUAUAUCGAUACACUGAUUCGCCUGGAGACGCUAGCUGGUGGCGUAGUUCUCCUGUGGCUAGUGAGGAUUGUCUUCGACGUUGUGAUUGUACUCUUGGCAGACUAUCGUCGACUGCUUCCGUGGAUAGCCGGCAAUGACCCGCAACCGCUCAGAGACAACCAAUGGCAGAAGAAUUGCUUCAACUGUCCAGUAUUCAAGCUCGACAGCACUCUUCAUCCGUGGGAUUUCAAGAAC